CGGUAUGUCAGCGGCCGGCAGCUGGACGGCUUCCGCCGGUACAAGUACAGUGCUGUGGAUACAAAUCCUUUAUCUGUAUAUGUUAUGCAGCCCAUCUGGAACAAAAUUAUUAAGAUAGUGCCUUUGUGGGUUGCUCCCAACCUGUUAACAUUCUCUGGAUUUGUCAUGAUUUUAGUUAAUUAUUUUCUAAUAUCUUUCUAUGACUGGGACUACACUGCCUCAGGUACCAGUCCUGGACUUGUUCCCACCUGGGUGUGGCUGUUCAGUGCUUUUACCACCUUUUGUGCUUACGCUUUAGACUCCAUAGAUGGGAAACAUGCUCGAAGGACUCAGUCCAGUACUCCUCUGGGAGAAUUAUUUGACCAUGGACUGGAUAGCUGGGCUACCUCCAUUUUUGUGCUUUCUUUUUUUUCUGUCUGUUCCCGUGACAAUGGGAAGACUGGAGUUUCUGUAUAUACAAUGUAUAUAUAUUUAAGCAUUGUCUUGUUUAACUUUAUGUGUUCGCACUGGGAGAAAUAUAACACAGGAGUUCUUUUUCUUCCUUGGGGAUACGAUAUAAGCCAAGUGGUAUUAAUAGCAGCAUAUCUGCUCACCAGUGCUGUUGGUGUGGAAGUCUGGCAGAAGCCUUUCCUGUUUGGUUAUUACAUUACAGAUGCAUUAGUCAUCUUGCUUAUAGGCUUCAGUUUAUUUCUUUCAUUUCCACAAACACUAUACAACAUUCACAGAGCACAUUUAAAGAAAACACUGAAGAAUGAUUCUUUGUAUGAAGGACUCCUACCUCUUGUGUCACCUCUGUUGCUGUUCGUUCUUCUUACAGUCUGGGUGGUUUUAUCUCCAGGCAACAUAUUAGCAAAGCAACCAAGAUUGUUUUUAUGGAUGGUUGGGGUUGCUUUCUCAAACGUUAUUUGCAAGGUGAUCAUCUGCCAGAUGAGCAGCACCCGGCCGGAGCUUUUCCACUGGUUCCUCUUCCCGCUGGCGCUGGUGGUCUACGGAGCCAUCUCCGGGGUGCUGGGCUGGAUGGAAGAAGCGGUGCUCGCCGUGUUCACCGUGCUGGUCACGGCCGCCCACGUGCACUACGGGGUCUGCGUGGGGAGGCAGCUGAGUGAGCACUUGAACAUUUACAUCUUUUCUCUGAAGAAACGUGUCCAAGAGUGAACAUCUGCACUAUGAUCAGACUGGAACACUUGAUGUGGAGAU